AUGGUCCUUAGUGUGAUAGAUGGGGCAGCAAGCAGAUUGGUCAUUUUUGUCACUAUUACUUUACUUGAGGCAUUGUGUUUGAUAUCAUAUUACUUGGUGGUGGCGGUAGGUCCAGGCUCGCCGACAGAAUGUUCUGAGCUUUGCUGUAUCCAGCCUGACCAAGACGCCCGACUUGAGCCUCCAGAAUUCCUCAAAUCAAACGCAGUGAUGGUGAAGAGAGAUGGAGGCUAUCGUUUCUGCAACAAGUGCAAAGUUUGGAAGCCUGAUAGAUGCCACCACUGCUCAUCAUGUGAACAAUGCAUUCUACGGAUGGACCAUCAUUGUCCAUGGUUUGCCGACUGCAUUGGGUUCAAAAACCACAAAUUCUUCGUUCAAUUUCUUAUUUAUACGUCAUUUUACACCGGGUUGGCUACCCUUAUCUCAGGAUACUGUCUAUACAAGAUCUACUACUUGCAAAGUGUUUCUCUGGAUAAGUUCUCGCUGCACACCAUGUUCGUGUUUGUGCUGGGAGCCAUCAUGUGGCUAUGUGUUUCUGUGUUCACGCUGUUCACCAUAUAUCAAUUACUGAUAAACAGAACGACCCUAGAAUCGUACGAAACUCAGGGUUAUCGCUCGAACGCGAAUUCGCAUGAAAUCGGGAACAUAUUCGAUCUCGGGUACAAGCAAAACUGGUGUUCCAUAAUGGGCAUGACCUGGAUGGAGUGGCUGCUACCAAUCCGCACCUCCUCUGAGUACGGAUCUGGCCUCACGUUUCAAGUGAACGAUUCAGUGUACCGCAAGCUACAGCAGGAAACACAGUUGCAGGAGAGGCUGUCUCAGGAGAUCACGAACUAUAGGACGUUGCAGAAACAAAUCACCAGUUCUGCACUUCCUCCCGCAUAG